AAACCUGCCAGCAAGUAGCAGCGCCCGGAACACGAGGCAGGCGCCCCGGCGCGCGCGGUCGCAGCUUUCUCUCCACCCCAGAAGCCCCGGGUUGGUCCAGGAGAGGGAGCACAAAGGAGGCGGCGGCGGCACAGAGCGGACCACUCGAUCUCUGGUGCCACAGAUGCGCUGCUCCUUCCCAGCGCCCCACCUGAGAGCGCGCCUGGCUGGGCUGAGAGAGGACGGCAGCAUCAGCAGCAGUAGCAUCAGCAGCAGUAGCAUCAGCAUCCUUAGCACUGCUCCUCGAGAGCCCCUCCCCCGCCCUCUUCGCCACCCACCCGCUGUCUCCGAGAGGCAGCCGGGCUGCAAGGGAACCCAUCGAGGGUAAUAUGUUCCCGCGGCGACUCCUCCCGUGCGUGUCCUUGGCCCCGGCUUCGGCGCCGCAGCUCCUCCUCGUUUCUUCUGCUCCUGCCGCCGCCGCUUCUAUCCCUAGCUCUCUCCAUCUCCAUCCCUGCCGCUGCCGCUGCUCCUGAUGGAUGCCGGGGAGUGCUGCAUUGCUUAAGCGCUUCUCCCCCACCUCCCCUUUUUGCUGGUAGGGUAGAGGCCCUGGGUGCUGCUCUUUCCCCUCUUUUCAUUUUUUUGGGGGGUUUAUUGCCUAGCCAUAUUCAUUUCUGUUUUCUUUUUCCCCUUUCAUUCCUUUUCUUCUUUCUCCUCCACCCUGAGACCAUGUAGAUUCACUGGGGAGAGAUCCCACCUAGGCGGGAGUGGGGGAUAGGCGGCUUAGAUAAAAGGCUGAGAGGAGGAGGUAGUGGAGGGGGAACCCACGCUGCUGCUGCUGCCACCGCCACCACCACCGAAAUUUUGCUGGUACCGUAUGAGAUCACUGUAUACCAAAGGGAGAGGGGGAGAUAAUCAGCUUUACCGGAUCCCUCUACUUGGAUCAAAGGAAUUUUAAAAUACAAACCUAUAGCUUUUUUUUUAAAUGAAAUGACAAAAAAGAUAUAUCUUUGAAUAAGCAAAGAGAUAAGUAGGCUCCCUCCCCCUCCUCUUUUUUUUCCUUUUUUUUUUCACCCUCUAAAGAUUCUCUCUCCCCGCCCCGGAACUCUGCUGAAAAGCCACUUUAUUAUUAAUCAGAAUUCCCAUCUUUAUCUAGGGCUCUUCCUUCUGUGGGGACUGCAGCAGCACCAGAGUACUGGGUCUGAGAUGUGCGUGGGGGUUGUUUUUAUUAUGUCUUAGAAGAGAAGAGAGAGGAAGACAGCAGCAAGAUAGCAAGGUCUGUUUAGAAUAGUCGGAGGGAGUAGAAGAGUGCUGGAAACUACAGGGGGACACAUCCCCUAAAGGGAAGGGAGCAGGAGUGGGACUUUUUUUGGGGGGGGCGGAGUGUGGUGGAAGAUAAGCUGGAGCAACAGGGUACCACAUUUGAUAGGAAGACAAAUUGUUUCCCGUAAAGAAAAGGGAGGCAGCAGUAGUAGCAGCCAGGGUUCAAGGGUGUAGGUAGGGUGUGUGGCAGAGGCCAGACUGGUCAACAAGGAACAAGGGGAGACAAGGAACUGGAGCACAAUGACUCAUUUACAAGCUGGACUAUCUCCAGAGACACUGGAAAAAGCCCGACUGGAGCUGAAUGAGAACCCAGACACCUUGCACCAGGACAUUCAGGAGGUGCGGGAUAUGGUCAUCACCAGGCCAGAUAUUGGUUUCCUUCGCACGGAUGAUGCCUUCAUCUUACGCUUCCUGCGGGCCAGGAAGUUUCAUCACUUUGAGGCUUUCCGCCUCCUGGCCCAGUACUUUGAAUACAGACAGCAGAAUCUGGACAUGUUUAAAAGCUUUAAGGCUACUGAUCCUGGCAUCAAGCAGGCUCUGAAAGAUGGCUUUCCUGGAGGACUAGCCAAUCUUGACCACUAUGGCAGGAAGAUCCUAGUCCUCUUCGCAGCCAACUGGGACCAGAGCAGGUACACCUUAGUGGAUAUUUUGCGUGCCAUACUUCUUUCUUUGGAAGCCAUGAUUGAAGAUCCAGAACUACAAGUGAAUGGAUUUGUUCUGAUCAUAGACUGGAGUAACUUCACCUUCAAGCAGGCCUCUAAACUCACACCGAGCAUGCUGAGAUUAGCAAUAGAGGGCCUCCAGGACAGUUUUCCAGCUCGAUUUGGAGGAAUUCAUUUUGUCAAUCAGCCUUGGUAUAUCCAUGCCCUGUAUACUGUCAUACGGCCUUUCCUAAAGGAGAAGACACGCAAAAGGAUAUUUCUACAUGGAAAUAACCUGAAUAGCCUGCAUCAACUCAUUCAUCCAGAGAUUCUACCUUCUGAAUUUGGAGGAAUGCUACCCCCCUAUGAUAUGGGUACAUGGGCAAGAACGCUACUAGACCACGAAUAUGAUGAUGACAGUGAGUACAAUGUGGACUCCUAUAGUAUGCCAGUGAAAGAAGUGGAAAAAGAACUAUCUCCAAAGUCCAUGAAGAGAUCUCAGUCAGUAGUGGAUCCUGCAGUGCUAAAACGCAUGGAUAAAAAUGAGGAAGAAAACAUGCAGCCUUUACUUUCUCUGGACUAAGAACCUAUUAACAUCACCAAUAAAUUAGAAUGGAAGGUACUCCCUUUCAGCAAGAAGCAAACCAUUGGGGAAGAAUGUACCAGCUGGGAAUCUAUUUAUUCAUAUUAAUGUAGCAUAAUGUAAUAAGCAGCAGGUUUUCCCAGUGUGCCUAAAACAUAGGUGUCCUGGGUUGGAUUUUUUUUUUAAAUCAAUAAUUUAUUCUGUAAGUGCCAACUUGUUUGUAAAUACCAUGUAAGCUCCACUUCAAUUUUGUUAGUCUUGAUAGCAAUGCAGUUUGGAAAAGGAUGACUCUUAAGUCCCUGUCACCCUCCCCCCACCCCCACACACACCACACUGUAACCAAAGGGGUAAAACACACAUGAAAAAGAUCAAAGCUAAUUAAAUGUAGCCCAGUUUCCUAUGAAGCCAUAUUACAGCUAUCAUAGUGAUUGCUUCAUCCUUUUCCUCUGAGAUUCUCUUUCAGUAUGUUAAUAUAUUUCUUCAUGGGAAAAGGUAAACAGAAUAUCAUGGGAAAUAUUAUUGUAAACAUAGUUCCUAUCUAGGGAUUAUCAUUUUACAGGAAACAUACCCUGAGACCCUCACUGGCCUUGUAUUAUCAAGACAAAGGAUUACAGUUGAGCAGGUAAAUCAAACUUUUGAACUGUUUUAUGUAUGAGUCUUUGGGCAUUGGGAAGUGGCAUUUCCUCUCAGUUAAGAUGUAGAAUUCAGAAACAGUGUGGACUCUUCUCAGACUUCUGUCUUCACAAUUUGUUCUUUGCUCAAGCCUCCACUGUAUUUUGUUUAAUAUACUUGGAGAACUUUUUCUCAAAUCUCAUCAACCAAGAGGAAGAGAACUCACACAAGCCAAAUGUUUUGACAAGUAAUUUUAAACACAACACUUUUCACUAGCAGACAAGGGCCUAAUUUCUGAAUCAUGUGAACUGGUUGAUUAAAAAAUACAUAUAUAUUUUUAAUGAUCUCUAAAGGAGAGGUCUCCUAAUUAAGGAUCCAUACACCCCAUGAUAGUUGUUCAGUGUGCUUAGAGAUGUUAUAGAUUAUCAUAUGAGGUACUGCUGAAACCUACUUCAACUAAAGGUCAAUGUAAACCAGGUGUAGUGAAACAGACUCUCACAGAUUGUUUAAGGGUAUAGUAAUUUUAUCUGUAAUAUAGUCUUGAACAUGUGCCAUGUUGCUGAAAUCUUUUUACCUCAGAGGAACAACAAAUCUUGACAUAUAUAUUUAAUGGCAUUUAUCAACUGAAUUUUUCUCAAAUUGACCAAUGUUAGGUUUCCAUCAUCCACUUGAGUCUCCACAGAAGAAGGACAGGAAUGAAUGGAAAAACUGAAUCUCAGAGUUAUAGAUAAAUCACCAAAGCUAGGGUGGGUGAUAUAGACUUAAACUAGCUUUGGGGUUCACCAUUAAAAGGGAACUCUUCCAAUAUGGUGGCAAUAUUUUCUUUUAGUUUAAAUUCCUAUUAUCAGGGAAAAGAAUCAGUCCCUAUCACUUUUUUUGGAUUUGGGGCUUAAUGGAUAAAACCUAUAUGUUUUGGAAUGAAGAGAGAGAAAGAAAGUAAUUCACCAAGUUAUUGGGAACUGGAAACAAUAAAGUUUUAUUGCUCCCUCUUAUAUACUUUUACACAUAGUGUCACCUUUCCCAAAUCUCACCUAAGUUGGACAUCUGAAUGAGUAUUUGAAACAAAUAUCAGAACUGUAGCCCAAGCAGAAAAGAUAGAUGCAGUUUUCUUUUUCAUAUUGAUCACUUAAUCAAGUUGCAUGGAAUAUUUCAGAUGAUAAUACCUUGGUACAUUAGUCUAUUUUUAAAGUAUUUGACAAUACCUUGGGAAUAAAAAGAAUACCAGUACAUUAAUUGGUACAAUUCAAAGUAUGUUUUGAAAUGCUAGUAAAUCUGAAUUAAUGAUAAUUUUUAAAAUGCCAAUUUCUCUUCAGUGACAGAGAAAGCAAUUACUGUAUUAAGUAUUCAGCUUAGCCUGCUAAUAAUUUAAUGCUUAAAUGAUUUGGAAAUAAAGGAUCAUGGACCCUUCAUUUCUUAUUUAAUGAUUGUACUGCUAAGUGACCCUGAAUGUCUAUGUUUUUACAUGUUUGUAUAUGUGGCAUACAGUUUGGAGCCUUAGGUUUCGUAUUCUACACAAUUCACUGUAAGGUUAUAAAUCAUAGUUUCCAGUUUUAUAAUUUGGGGAAAAAGAACAACAGUAACAAACUAAGUAAAGUCAACUUCCAACAAUUUUUGUGUAGAUUUUCCUGUGAUGAGCCAUCUAUGAUUUAACUUUGUAAUCAUGGGGUACCUUUCCAUUUCUAGAAAACAUAGCCCAGUCCCCUUCUCUUAUCACUUAGCAACAGUGCACUCAAGUAAUGUGAACUCAUUUUAAUAUGGACCUAAGAAAUGUAAACAGGAUGGUAAAUCUUCUAAUAUAUUUCAAAUUCAAGUGUUAUCCUCCUCCCCCCCACCUCCACUUUGGGACAUAUACAGUGCUCCACUGCUGCAUGAUUAUAGCAUGGAAAAAAAUGAUAGUUGAUUCUAUUACUUAAAACAUCUAAAAAUGAAUGGAUGAAGUAUAAUAGUGAUGCCUUUUGAAAUUACUUUGUUUAGAUGAUUCAAAAACUAAGCUUAUUGGGCAAUGACCUUUUUGAAGUUGCUUAGUUAAGAGAUGUACAUUCAACUUUAUGAAUCCUUUUCUCAGUAUUGCCCAACUAGCAAUUUGUUUGGGAGUCCUUUGAGUGGCUUUUCUGUGACAUAUGUCUUUGUGUACUGUCAAACUUAGUUCCUAUUAAUUAGCAUUCAUAUCUUCAUUUAAAGAAAAAAAAUUGUAGUUGGCUGUCGAUAUUAGACUGUUUUCCCUAUUGAAGCUGUCUCUCAAUUUCAAGAGCAGUGCUAAGCUUUAUGUGGUGGUCUUGUGACUGAAGAUGUGUGUACCUAAAAGAGCUUCACUACAUUUGGUUUGGAAUAAAAGCCAGCAGCUUAUUUCUUCUUCUUCUUCUCCUCCUCCCUCUAGCUCCUCCUCCAUUUCCUCUAACUUGUUGACCUUCAAGUUGCUUUAUUGGCAGCUGGCUAAAGAAAAAUAAAUAACUUCUCUUCUCA